CCCAAUACGACGAACGUCAUCCAGUUAACAGGUAACCUUGGCGCUCAUACGAAUAUGGUAACCGUGCCACAACCUUCGAAUUUGACCAUCUCGACUAUGAAUACGACCAAUACUUCGGAAACAACAUCAAUGACAACUCACGCACAUUAUCAGACAAAUCAGAUAUUAACAACUCAAAAUACCGUUAACGCUUCGCAUUCAACAACAAAAGCGACAAUGCUGACUUCAAAUACUGCCAACACCACGCCAUCGGCAACCGAAUCAGAUGACCCCAAUUUCGAAUACCGGCAGCACCACGCCAUUGGCGCCCAAUCAGACAAACCCGAUUUCGAAUACCACCAGCACCACACCAUUGACAACCAAUCAGACAAACCCAAUUUCAAAUACCGCCAGCACUACACCAUCGGCAAUCAAUCAGAUCAUUCCAAUUUCAAAUACCACCAGCACCCCGCAAUCGACUUCGAAUCCGACCACCCCGGCAGCAAAUAUAACCGCCACUCCUCCAUCGGCAUCCAGUGUGAACGUCCCACCUCCAACAAAUACCACAAACUUUCCCCAACUAACACAGAUGCAGACCACUGCACACCAACCAAACCUGAUAACCACACAUCAGGAGACAACGAUGCCCUCCCCAGAAUCGACAACAACAACAACUGCUGGGACAACAACAACACAGCCAGUGUGUCCUUCGUCUGCAGUACGGUACAACCACCAAGGGAAGGUUAUAUGUUACUGGGCAAUGGACGGAGCUACCCUCACAGGGAAACAGCAGCUGGCCUUCGAUUUCUGUACACAAAGUGGGGGUCAUUUACCCAUCAUACCUGACGCAGGUGCCAAUGUGAUUGUGAAAGAUCUUAUAUCGGAAAGGUACGAAAAUUUCUUUUUGAACUAUAAAGUAGAUAAUAGUAGUCGAAAAUUGAAAACAUCUUUCGGAGAUAUCCAGGAUUGGGCAAAUGGUUUAAACACAACACAAUCUAGUCACAGGUGUGUGUUGAUAGACCGAACAGGUACCUGGGCAACUUCCAUUUGUGACACAUCCGGAGAUAAUGGUGUCAUCUGUUCAAAGUGUGAAGUGGGAGACUCAAGUUGCUAUGCCGGCAACCCAUACUGCAGCCCUUGUUCCUGUUCCAACUACAUCAUCAAUACAAUAAAUAUUACAAAGGAGUUACAAAAAAAUCUGGACAGUUUGAAGAAGAAAACGGCAGUUAAUAGGAGGGCGCUGUCGUCGUCAAAGCGCCGUAUCACGUGUGCUGAAGAUUCCCGGAAAUCAUCCGCUGCCAUGGGUUACAUGGGCGCCUCUCUACUCACUGUGGUUUUUGGCGGCCUUUUCUUACUAGACAUACCAUUGUUGUUUCUGGAAUUCAAAACCCACAUAUUGGGCCUUUGUCAUGGGUAGCAAUCAUAGCGUUCUUUAUCGUUUGUAUGUACAUACUAAUUCAGUAUAUGCUAUUGUCAGAGUUGAAAAUGUACGUAUGACGAAGUUAUAAAGUUUACGUCACCAAAUGUGAAUUUUUCCAGGACGUAAUUUCUAAAAAAAAAUCCAUAUUGUCUUUAAAUCGCAUUUUGUUAAUAAAACUUCAUCUUU